CUUCAUUAAUUAAUUCUCUCUCACACAUUUCUCCAAAUAAUUAAUCACAAUUCAGUAUUGAUUAAUCUUGCACUUCAUCAAGAAAUGGGGAGCUAUGAAACAGAGAUGAAUCUGAAGGAUACAGAGUUAAGAUUGGGAUUGCCUGGAAGUGAUGAACAUUCAUGCAAUGUUUCUGUUGUUAGAAACAACAAAAGAUCUUCACCGGAAACAAGUAACAAUGUUAGUUCUAAUGCUUCUUCUAAUUCCUCAACCACAACUGAUGAUGACCAAUCCACUGUCCAACCUACAAAGGUACAAGUAGUGGGGUGGCCACCAAUUAGAUCUUAUAGGAAGAAUAGUUUACAACAAAAUAAGGUUGAAGAUGGAGGUGGAAUGUAUGUGAAAGUAAGCAUGGCUGGUGCACCUUACUUGAGAAAGAUAGAUCUUCAAGUUUACAAGAGUUAUUCAGAACUUCUCAUAGCCUUGCAAAAUUUGUUCAAGUGUACAUUUGGUGAAUAUUCAGAAAGGGAAGGGUACAAUGGAUCUGAAUAUGCUCCUACUUAUGAGGACAAGGAUGGUGAUUGGAUGCUUGUUGGCGAUGUUCCAUGGAACAUGUUCAUAUCUUCCUGCAAGAGGCUGAAGAUAGUGAAAGGAUCAGAAUCAAAAGGAUUGGCUUGUUUGUGACCUCACAAAAUUAACAAAAACAAAAGCAUGAAUGCAUAAAUGCUAUUUUAGUUGUACAUAUGAUAUAUGUAAUUAAGAUCUCAUUUUGUCCUAGCUAGAUCUGUUUAUGUUCAAUUCAUAUAUACCAUAUACAAUAGGGGAAAAUGUUGUUUCUUCAUACUACUUAUUCAUGCUAGCUAUGUAUCCUUAUUUUUUUUCUUCGUCUCAUAUUUACACAAUAACACACAAACUAAUUUAUGCACAACAACUCUUGCUGCUUGUCUAAUCUUAGUUCCAUCCAAUAACUUGAGUUGAGCUUGCUUCAAUUAGCUAUAGGAAUAAGGCUUAAUUCGAUUAACAUAUCAAUAUUAUUAGGUUGAA